CCCGUUAAAAUGUGACCGUCACCACUUCCUAACCUAAAAUGUCAUUGUGAGGGCGUCUACAAGUAUUGAAUUUUUUCACAAUGCUAUAAAAAAAAACAUAAAAAGCCCCACUCGAAUUACACACACCAUUCUCUGAUGCCAGUCGCUCAAAAAUUAUAAACCAAAAAUGUCACGAAAAGCCCGAUUACUUCAAGCCAAAGAUGAACCGUACGAAACCCGGACCAUUAUUUCGAUGUAUAUGUUGGGAAUCUUCAUUCGCUGCUGGUUAAUUUAUUCAAAGUACCAGUCCAUCAUUGGCCACCAUGUCGAAAUAUCCACACCACUCAACUCUUGGAAGCGAGUGUCCGAAGGAUUGUACGUCCAGUCAAAAGGUAUAAAUCCAUACGAAGGAGAUUUAAUCCACGAAGCCCCCGUCAUAUUGCUGCUGUAUCGAAUACUGACACAAACAUUUUACCUACCAGCAGAAUUCUUGUUUCUACUAGUGGACUCACUAACAGCAGUUGUGUUAUACUUUGUGGCGAAAAAAUACAUGUUUCAUCUAUUUGUGUUUCAAGAACGGCAAAAAGGAGAGUAUGCACAAGACAGUAAGGAGUUUAUACUAUCAGGAGCUGACUUCCUCAACUCACCUGUGUUCGUAAUGGCUGCGUUUUUAUUCAACCCCUACACCAUUUUUAACUGUGUUGGACUUUCAACAACAGUGUUUCACAAUUUCUUUCUGGCGAUAUUUUUAUUGUUUAUGUUACAAGGGAACCCAAUUUUAGCCCCAAUUGCUCUUGCGUUUUCAGCUGUGAUGUCUUUGUAUGCAGGAGUACUUAUAAGUCCGUUGUUUUUGUACUUGUAUGUCAUUUAUAAAGAUAAAGUACGGGCGUACAUAGCACUUGGUGUCUUUACGUUAACACUAGUCGCACUCACGUGCUUUUCCUACGUACUAGGCAGUGGAAGUGCGUUUUUGAAAAAUGUGUACGGUUUUAUUCUUACAGUGCCUGACCUCCAGCCCAAUAUAGGUCUAUUUUGGUACUUUUUCACAGAAAUGUUUGACCAUUUUCGAGAAUUGUUUAUCUGCUCUUUUCAAAUUAACGCCACGGUUUUGUAUUUAAUUCCACUUUCGGUGAAAUUUCGUAACGAUCCGUUUUUGUUAACUACCGCGGUUUUGUUUUUAGUUGCAAUUUUUAAGUCUUAUCCUUGUUUGGGCGACAUAGGGUUCGUGAUGAGUCUUUUCCCCUGCUUUAUGCAUUUAUUUAUGUACGCGCAGCAGGGAUUUUUAGUUGGUGUUAUAUUUUUAAUUACGUCGGCUUUAGGUCCGAUUUUGUGGCAUUUAUGGAUCUAUUCGAACUCCGCAAACGCCAAUUUUUACUUUGGCGUGACUUUAGCCUUUGCUAUAGCAGAAAUAUUCCUAGUUACUGAUAUAUUGUUUGCCUAUAUGAAGAGAGAAUUUUGUUUGAAAUACGGGAGUGAAAGGAAAAUUGAUGGAAAAGAAGCAAUAUUAAUGUUAGAAUAGUGGAUACUUUUUGUAAUAAAGAUUGUCUUUUUGAA